UCAACAUUUUUUUGAUGAUAAAAAAUGUUCUGUGGUGGAUGCUUUUUUUUCUGUCCGCUACUACUAAAAGAUCCACCUACUUAGUUGUACAAGACUCAGACGUCUCUAAGGUGGUGAAUUAGUAUACCCUCUGUCCGUGUAUCCGCACCAUCACUCGAGGUAAGUAAGCAAUAACCCAACCAUAACUUUUGACUACCUGAUUCUCAGCUUCAAAAAUUAUAACUCAACCAUAACGAAUCAAAAAUAGCAACUCGUGUCUCGACUAUAACGAGUAAUUAUUUACGUCAAGGAUUUGAGUAAGUACGAGGUCCUUCCCGAAGUUGAUUGGGUCCACUGCUCUCUCGUGUGAUAAUACUGAGAGCAGUGGACCCAAUCAACUUCGGGAAGGACCUCGUACUUACUCAAAUCCCUUAUCUCACGCUUAGUCCACGUUAUUGUCUGAUAGGUUUACAUUGGAGCACAAAUUCAACCACUGAACUGUCUGCUUCAAAGCUUAUUCCUGUUCAGGAACUUAUCUCACGCCUAGUACCACGUUGUUGUUCAUUAUUUAUUAAGUCAAUAAUAGGCAGAUCACCUCCGAGUAGAUUCGUAUCAUCAUUUAUUAAGUGAAUAAUUUUUUGAGUACUUGUUGUUGUUUUAGACUCCCCUUAAAAGCAAAACCCAAAAACAAGAUGGAUGACGCACAGAGUGUUCGACAGAUUCAGCAGAUGAUUAACUUCAUCCUGAAUGAGGCUAAGGAUAAAGCCGAAGAAAUCGAUGCCAAGACACUGGAGGAAUUCAAUGUGGAGAAAUUGAAAUAUGUCCAGGCGCAGAAGGUGUUAAAACUGGAAAGAGCUGUUAAGUAGAUAUCUUUUCAUGCUGCUGCACGUAGCUAGUGUUGUUGUUGUCUUGUUUAUUUUUCCUUUGCUUUGUAUAUUUGUUGGGAAAAAAUAAGUGGUACAACAAGAGGAUGCUUAGUACAGCUGGGAGCUGAGGCAGGAGCCCAUCUGAAUCUGAAUCUGCUUAGUACAGCGGGGAGCUGCAGCAACAUGUACACCGGAAAGUGAUGGAGAUAACAUCUUCUUCGACUAGUAGUACCUUUUAGAUCUAGGUGUAUCAUCCCGUUUUUCUACCACCUGACUACAGGAGAAAAUCCGUUCGGAGCUCGGAGAGAAAAAGAAGAAGCAGGAAACGGCAUUAGCGAUUGCACGAUCAGCCGCGAUCAACAGAGCGCGUUUGCAGCAGGUGGAAGCCAGACAACAGGCCUUGGUAACAUUGAGAGGCGCAUGGGAAUUUCUUAAAGGUCCGAUUCAGAAAAUGUUAGAGACAUUUCAAUACAUUUCCCUCUGAUUCAUCAGUCACACACACACACACACACUCUCUCUUUAGCAAGUACGUACUUGCAAGUACUCGCUCAGGUCGCAUUGAAAGCAGAAUGCGAAGCUAGUUUGAGCGCAGUGUCACGGGAUCGCAGCAAAUAUGCCGGAUUGUGCGCCGAUCUUAUCGUCCAGGGCUGCCUCAAGUUGAUGGAGGAUCAGGUAUUUUUUUUCUAGUUCACAAGUACGUAUUGAAGUCGCCAGUGCUCUUAAGUUCGUUGAUGGACGAGAGUAUUAAGGUAAUUUUUUGUUCUGUAGGUUGACGUAGUCAAUUUUCCUCAAACAACAACAAAGGUAACCGUGAAGUGCCGCAAGGAAGAUGAGCAGACCGUCAAGUCGUGCUUGGAUGCGGCUGCACGCAAGUAUGCGGAUAUCAUCAAGAGAGAGACAGGCGUCGCAAAGAUGGUACUUAAAACUUGAAUUCAAUACUUAUACAUAGUAUUUGCAUCUUCAUCGUUCAUAAUACUACAGUACAGACUUCUACCUCUUGUGGCAAAGAAUCUGCAAUAACAAACAACAUGGAUUUCGUAGAUAUAUCCCUCACAAUAAAUUUCCAUUUCGUUGUUCACUAGUAGAAGGACAACCCAAUCAGUACUUUUUAUCCCUUAUUAUUACUCACUUUCUUGUUUCCGUCUCUCCUACAACCAGUCACUCCCUCCCUUGCCUCCUACCAGGUCCGCCUCGACAUGAGCCCCGCGUCUUUGCCAUCUAGCUGUGGUGGCGGUGUGGUCUUGAGCUGCUCUGGGAACUCAAUUAGCAUCGACAACACCCUCUUCACCCGAUUGGGCCUCGUCAUGGACAACGAUCUUCCGAACCUCCGCAAGAUGCUCUUCCCGAAGCGAAAGUAAAAGGUCUCUCACGAAAUGUUGUUGAUACUUUCUAGGGUUAGAGAGGAGAAAGAUUUUUUUUUGUUCUUAGCAGGGUACGAAAUCAAGAGGGAGCUGUUGACAUGUGAAGCACUCCUGCUGGGCUCUGGUCGUGGGAUUCAUCAUAUGGAGUGCAUUAGGGAUAUUGUGUAGGUGGUGGGGGGAUGUCAACGCUUUCUAUCGACUUUUUGAGAAUGCGCAAUCACAUUCUACGUUCGCAGCUUAGUGGAGGUGAUAGGCGAUACUUGUAAGGAUACAACACAUCGUUUUUCUACUCUUUCUCACCAGUUACUACCAGUACCACAGAAUCCAUCUAUAUUUUAUACUGUCUUAUCAUGAGUGCAGAUUGCAUGUAAACAUCAAAAUUCCAGUACCUUUGCUAUCUUUCAAUAUACGAUUUUUUUCGAAACAAGUCUUUGGUGGAAGGUCAUAUGGCUGGGAAAUAUGGUCAGGGGAAGAUUGAUUGGAUUUGAUUUGGCCUAGUAAGAUCAAGUGGCGUGCAGCAUUCUACGAUUUGGCCUAGUACUACUAAGAUUAAGUGGCGCACAGCCUUCUACUAAAUCAAUGAGGUGCAGAGAAAAACCUCUUCCGUUGAAGCUACAUCUAGAUUGUAGUAGUGAAUUGCUCGGUUCCGGUCGCUGCAUUUGGUGCAAUAGACUGGAAUCUAUGACCUCUCGCUACGUCUCGUGACGAUAUGUGGUCCUUUAUAUCAACAGCUUAAUUGAUAGAUCAUGAGCAGGUUUCACUGUAGGCUUCCAGAAUGGAAAAAAGAAAUGUUCACACCUUAAAAAAAGCGGAACAAUUAUAAGUCACGAGGAAGCCGUCGCUCUGAAAGUCGCUCAACAGUACUAAAUGAGGGAAGCCUUUUGUCCUGGUGUAUUUGGCCACAUUGCUGCUGUAUCAAGGAAACUUGCAAUGAGUGCUGUAGAGUGGUUGAUACUUUGUAACUGAAGCCGA